CAAUCAAACGAGAGAAGACAGUAUCAAAUUUUUGAUUAAUCAAAUGACUCGGUAUAAAAAGGGUUGUGUUUAAAAUUAUAUAACCACUUUUGUCCUCUGCUAAAGUAGCAAGAACAAAAUGUGGAACUCCCUGUUUGGAAAAAGCUCUGGGGAGCCGAUCCCAACUGCACUGGAGGUGACGUUUCAAUUAAAUGGAAAACAGGUUACGGUUGGAAGUGAGAUAAAGGAAGGGACGUCGUUGAACACGUACAUCCGCGAUGUGGCCAAACUCAAGGGGACCAAGUUCAUGUGCAACGAGGGAGGAUGCGGGGCGUGCGUUGUUGCGGCAACCAUCACACACCCUAUCACUGCAGAAAAGCAAACCCUGUCCGUCAACUCAUGUCUGGUGCCGGUCUUCGCGUGCCACGGAUGGGAAAUCAGGACGGUUGAGGGCAUUGGCAACAAGCGCGAUGGAUACCACCAGGCGCAAGCCAACCUGGCCAAAUUCAAUGGCACCCAGUGUGGAUACUGCUCACCCGGAAUGGUCAUGAAUAUGUACAGUUUAUUGGCCGACGGGAAGACUCCAACAAUGGCCGAAGUUGAGAACUCUUUUGGGGGCAACAUCUGCCGCUGUACAGGCUACCGUUCCAUUCUGGACGCCUUCAAGGCCCUCGCGUCAGACGCUACUCCCUUGAUGAAACAGCAGUGCGCCGACAUCGAAGAUUUGAACAAAAUUUGCUCGAAAACUGGAAAAAUCUGCUCCGGCUCGUGCAAAAAGGAGACAUUCGAGGAGGUCAAGCACAAGUCUGUCAAGGUGCCAGCGGCCAACUGGUACAAGGUGGCAUCGCUUGACGAACUCUUCUCGGUUAUCGGCUCGCUCGGCGCGACCGUUUACCAGUUGUCGGCCGGCAACACGGCUGAAGGCGUCUACCGCCACUACAACCGCAAGUUUGACGCCCGCAUCGACGUCAAAGAUGUGCCCGAGCUGCGCACCAUUUCCACUUCUGGAGGAUAUACCGUCGGCGCCAACGUGACUCUGACAGAGGCGAUAGCCACGUUCCGCACGCAAGCCAACACCGCUGGCUUUGAGUACCUCGCAAAACUCGCCGAGCACCUUGAUCUGGUUGCCAACACACCAGUCAGAAACGUCGGAACGCUUGCAGGGAACCUUAUGCUCAAGAGAGACGAACCUGGGUUUCCUUCAGACAUUUUCGUAAUUUUGGAAGCUGUCGGUGCCACGCUGAACAUCCUGUCCAACCCAACGACCUCUGAGAACGUCAACCUGAUCGAUUUUCUCGGAAAGGAGAUGGCUGGAAAAGUGAUCCAAAACAUUUCGUUCCCAACGUUCGACAACAAUCACCACUUCAGGACUUUCAAGGUAAUGCCCCGGAAGCAAAAUGCUCACGCAUACGUUAGUGCUGGAUUUUGUAUCCACGUCUCAGACACGACCAACUGGACCGUCGACCAACAGCCCCGCAUCGUCUACUGUGGCAUCAAUCCGGACUUUCAUCACGCAACCAACACGGAGAACUACCUGAUGGGAAAAAACCUACUGGACCCAGCCACCGUCCAAGGGGCAAUCAGCACCCUGGCAGCCGAGCUGCAGCCCGACAACCAACUGAUCGACGCUAGCCCCGAGUUCAGGAAGCAGGUCGCCCAGGGUGUCUUUUACAAGUUCCUUCUCGGCCUUGAUCCAAGCAGGGUUGCUGCAAACAAGCGUUCCGGCGCCGACAAUCUGGUGCGUCCGCUGUCCUCAGGAAAGCAGGACUUUGAGACAAACCCUAAUGUUUACCCACUGAACGAGCCAAUUCCCAAGCUGGAGGCGUACGCGCAAACUGCCGGCGAGGCCGAGUACACCAACGAUAUUUACGAGCGGCCCGGUGAGCUGCACGGCGCCUUUGUGCUCACAAAGCAAGCCACGGGCACAAUCGCCUCGAUCGACGCAUCAACCGCUCUUGCCACAGAAGGCGUCGUUGCAUUCUUUCAAGCGUCUGACGUGCCUGGAAGCAAUAAUUUCGCACCACCCAGCAUGUUCUUCCCGGAGGUGGAAGAGGUCUUUUGCAGUGGAAAAGUGGAGUACGCUGGUCAAGUUGUUGGCUUGAUUGUUGCAACUAGCAGAACCACGGCAAUUCUGGGCGCUGGACUGGUCAGCGUCACAUACGCGAAAACCGAAAAGCCGGUGCUCUCGGUCAAGGAUGUCACGAAAGUGGUUAAUGACCGAAUGAAAGUAGUCAAGAAGAAAGACGAGCAAAAAGAGAAGGACAAAGUAAGAAAAGAAAUUAUAGUGAAAGCUGGAAUUGUGUUCAAUGGCACUUUUGAGAUCGGCUCCCAAUACCACAUGCACAUGGAGACUCAAACGUGCUUGGUGGUGCCAACUGAGGACGGUCUUGAUGUCUACAGCGCGACCCAGUGGAUGGACCACGUGCAGCAAGUAAUCGCGGAGUUCCUAAAUAUCAAAGAGAGCUCAAUCAACAUAACAGUUCGUCGACUCGGUGGAGCAUAUGGUGGAAAAAUCACGCGUCCUGCUCUCGUCGCUGCUGCGUGCGCCCUGGCCGCAGACAAACUCGGAAAGCCUGUCAGAAUUGUCAUGAGCCUGGGAAGCAACAUGGAAGUGUUCGGCAAAAGAUUCCCUUACGUCAACAACUAUGAAGUCGGAGUGGACAACGUUACAGGAAAGAUAGCAUACAUCAACUCCACGUGCCAAAUGGACUGCGGCUACACGGUAAACGAAUCGCCUGGUUAUGACGUGCCCAAGUUUUUCCAAAACUGCUACGAAUCGACCAAUUUCAACAUGCAAGUGGAAGCAAUCAAGACAGACAAGGCAACCAAUGCUGCCUGCCGCGGCCCAGGCACCACCGAAGGGGUGGCUUUCAUCGAGGAGAUCAUGGAGCACGUAUCCAGGGUGCUCAAAAUGGACCCACUUCAGGUGCGCCUGAACAACAUGCCCCAGAUGGACACCCCGCUGCCUGCCAUGAUUGAAGACCUCAAGACAUCGGCCGACUACGACAACCGCAAGGCCAACGUCCAAGCCUUUAAUGCGGCGAAUCGGUGGAAGAAGCGAGGAAUGGCCAUUGUGCCCAUGCAGUACCGCUUCCCCUGCGCAGGAAACUUCAGCGCCAUGGUUUCCAUUUACCACGGCGAUGGCUCAGUCGCGAUUUCGCACGGCGGAAUCGAGAUGGGACAGGGCAUGAAUACCAAGGUCGCUCAAGUCGCUGCACACACCCUGAAAAUUCCCCUUUCAAAAAUAUCCGUCAAACCAAGCAACAAUGUGGUGGCAAACAAUGGAAUGGUGACCGGAGGUAGCGUUGGCAGUGAAAACGUUUCAUACGCUGCCAUGAAGAGCUGUCAGAAGUUGCUGGAGCGUCUUGAUGCAGUCAGACAGGGCAUGGAAGGAGAUCCCACCUGGGAACAGGUCGUGGCGGAGGCGUACGCUCAAACUGUUGAGUUGAACGCAACCCAUAUGUUCACACCUGGCCAGGAGCUGUCCGAGUACAAUAUUUGGGGGGCCACCAUUGCCGAGGUGGAGGUUGACAUUCUAACCGGAGAACGCCAGGUUCUAAGGGUCGACCUGAUUGAGGAUGUUGGCCAGAGUUUGAGCCCGUGGGUCGACGUUGGCCAGAUCGAAGGCGCCUUCGUCAUGGGCAUGGGCUACUGGCUCUCCGAGGAGCUCAAGUACGACCCUGACUCAGGUCGUCUUCUGAACACUCGCACUUGGAACUACAAAGUGCCUGGUGCCAAGGAUAUCCCUGCUGAUUUCAGGAUCAAUUUCAGAAAGAAUGCCGCAAACCCCAAUGGACUUUACAAUUCCAAAGCGACUGGUGAACCCGCUUUGAACAUGACCAUCGUUUGCUACUUCGCACUCAGGGACGCUCUGGACUCAGCACGCAAGGAUGCUGGCAGCACAGAAGAUUACUACGAAAUCAAGCUUCCGGCAACGGUCGAGACCAUUGCGGUUUCCAGUUUGACAGACCCCAGCCAAUUUACUUUGGAGUAAACUAUAAUCACUGUUAUACAAGGCAGUGUUGGUAGCGACUUUUCACGGAUCCAUCAGAAAAAAAUAGGAAGAAAUAAAAUCGCACGGGAACUAUAAGAUGGCGCGAGGAAAUGGUGUUUAUUUUCAAUGCUUUUUGUAUUACCUUAGUUUAUAUAUAAAUGAGUGUUGUUUAUAUUCGUUCAUUUUGAAUAAACUUUUGAAUUAUUUGGGAA